AUGAAAGUCAUCCGCAAGUCAGACAUGCUCCGCAAUGGACAGGAAGGUCAUCUACGAGCAGAGCGAGAUUUUCUGGUUGCGGCAGAGGGAUCUCGCUGGAUCAUCCCAUUGCUUGCUGCAUUCCAGGACGACAAGUUUCUGUACCUUGUCAUGGAAUACUGCAUCGGCGGCGACUUUCUUGGCCUACUCAUUCGCAAGAAUGUGCUCAACGAAGAUGUGACCAGGUGGUACAUUGCUGAGAUGAUUUUGUGUGUCGAAGAGGCCCAUCGCAUGAAAUGGAUUCAUCGCGACGUCAAGCCCGACAAUUUCCUGAUUGGCGCUGACGGUCACCUCAAGAUCUCUGAUUUCGGCCUAGCAUUCGAUGGCGAAUGGGAGCAUGAUCAGAAGUACUUCCAGAAGCACCGCGCUGACCUGGCUGAUCGUCUGGGUCUCGAAGUCACAGGAGAUGAGCAAGACAUCGAGGAUGACGCAAAGCUGGACAAUGCACGAAAGGUCGCAGAAAUGUUUCCGCCACCCGGUUGCAAGCCUCUAAAGAAGCAUGCUGUCUCGUUCUCGGAAGAUGUGCCGGAGGAAGAGAACAUCAUUGAUUGGCGCAAUCGUGCCCAGAAAAGAAGGCUCGCCAGAUCCGUUGUCGGAACGUCCCAGUACAUGGCGCCAGAAGUCAUCCGCGGAGAGCUCUACGAUGGCCGUUGUGACUAG